AUAGCAGGCGGGUGACUGCAGCGAGCUGUGUAACAGUCACUAACCCCAAUCACCUCUCUCUAGCUGGGUCGUAUCAGGCUCUGCUUGGUUCAACUACAGAAAAUGGAUUCUCUGAACGUUUAUCAUGGCAGCAUCAGCCGGGAGACGGGGGAGAAGCUCCUGCUGGCUACGGGGAUGGAUGGCAGCUAUUUACUGCGAGACAGUGAGAGCAUCCCAGGAGUAUAUUGCCUGUGUGUGCUAUACAAUGGUUUCAUUUAUACCUACAGAGUGUCCAAGACAGACACGGGUUCCUGGAGUGCUGAGACUGCACCGGGGGUCCACAGAAGGUUGUUCCGGAAAGUACACAACCUAAUUACAGCAUUCCAGAAGCCAGAUCAAGGCAUUGUAACUCCGCUGCAGCACCCUGUAGUGAAUGAUGCGAAAGCUAAGCACCCACAAGGGAGGAAGGAAGACAAUGACUUUUAUUUGCAUCCUUCAUGAACAUACUUCCCAGAGUCUGAAGUAAUUUAAAUAGGCUUUUAUGUCUUUUUUGUACAUACUCCAGCAUAAAAUGCUGUAGAUUAUAGACAUUACAACUCUGUGAGUUUUCCUGUAAUAUUUUCAAAAAUGUAUGUUUAAUGCAACUUCUAGGCUGCCGUUUAAAAGAUUGGCAUGAAUCUGUUGUUGUUUUUAUAAAGAUAUGGGAGAAAAAUUACUGGCAAUUGGAUGACAAUAUUUCCAUUUUCUCUUGGUGCUUGGGAGCUUUCUAUGUGAAUGUUAGUCAGUCUUUUGAUAUGAAGUUACCGUACUGUUUGAUUUCUGAUUGAAAUUCAGCCCUGUACAAGUCCUAUGUAUCACUUAAGACCCAUUUAGGUUCACAAAAUGGUGGCUUUUAUGCUGCAAAUGUCUUGUGCUGGCUCUUUGUUCAAGAAUGAAUAUAACCCCAGAAGCACAUUUCAAAGGUGCGGGUCUGCAUCUUCCCAGGAAUUCAAUUUUACAUUUGUAUCAUACGCAUCAUCCACUAAUUGCUGGAUCUGAUGGCAUUCUUGUCCCAUCUGGAAAAAUAACCUUUACUUUCCACCCAAGUUCAACCAUCAAAACUGACCAACACAACCUGAACGUCGCAACUCCCGGCUGUGAGCCAGCCAAAAUUUAAAAAAUGUGUUGAAUCUUUUUGAACCAAACGAAUGUGAGGAAAUUGUUUAUGGAUGUUCUGGGAGCUGGAGAGAGGGGGCUAAUUAUGUUAAAUGGGGGAGGAGCCUGCAGCGGAGGGAAGGGUUGAGGAGCCUCUGGCAAAAUGAGAAAUGACACACAUUUAAAGCAAGGGCAUGUGUGAGGUGCAUGCUGAUAGCACACGUUGUGAGAGAGCUGCACACUUCCUCUACUUCUUUGUGUUACUUUUGUGGGCAAUGCAAUUUGACCCUAGUGUGUUGGAAAGCCAUGGUAAAGCAAGAGAAUGAAGCAAUGUAUUUAAUCUUAUCCCUGGGGCUAUGGUUAGUGCAUGUGUCUGAUUUCAAUCUUGCCCACUGAGAUGGAGGGCCUCUCAUGCGGCCCACUCACCGGCCCUGGCUGUCCAUCCCUGGCCUAA